AUGCCUUCAGCUAAGCCGAAGCUCGCGCAGUUGAAAACGCCGGUCACGGCAACCUUCCCUUCGGAGCUCUCUGCUCUAUCAGCCAGGACACCACUCUCCGCCGUCCCGGACUUUAUCAAGGAGGAAUUCCCUAAUAGCGCAAAGACUCCUAUCACUCCACCUACAGCCUAUAUGGAUUUCCUAAAGGCUAUGUCGAUGCCCUCGCCAGUUAUUACAGGGAAGAGAUCAGGAACGAGCAGUCCUGAAGAUGACUCAACUCAGGAUUCGGUCCCAUCGACCGCAAGCAGCGAACAGACAGACUGCUCUUGCAAAUGCGGUAACCAUAAGUCACUAGGCGGUAUCCCUUCAAGCCCUCUUCCGGGUCAGCCCAUGUCUGCACCACCGGCGGGAGUGACAUCGUUCCCGAGCCUUCACAUGCCCCCAUCACCCGCUGUAUCAACGAUAGAUUCGCCACUGAGCUCAACAGCACGAUCUCCGUUCAGCGCAAGAUCAGUACGGUCGCCGUUUGACUGGGAAGCGGCAUUGAAGUCUAGGUACUCGCAGGGUUGUAGAGCACACAAACCGUCAGCCAAGAGUGUACGUCAUAUUCGGGAAGUUGUCACAAGGACCGUUACAUAUACGCCAAAGAUGGAGCCGGCACCGAAAGGCAAGCGGAGGAAGACAACGCAUCUAGACUGUUCUAAAGUCCAAGCAGCGGCCGCAGCGGCAGCAGCAGCCCGAACGAACACAGUUUAA